AUGACCCUGCCCGGGGGCCCGACGGGCAUGGCGCGGCCGGGGGGCGCGGGGUCCUGCAGCCCCGGGCUGGAGAGGGCCCCGCGCCGGAGCGUCGGAGAGCUGCGCCUGCUCUUCGAGGCGCGCUGUGCCGCGGUCGCCGCCGCCGCCGCCGCAGGGGAUCCCCGGGCCCGCGCGGCCAAGCGGCGUGGGGGACAGGUGCCGAACGGGCUCCCGCGGGCUCCCCCUGCCCCGGUGAUCCCGCAGCUGACAGUGACAGCUGAGGAGCCGGAUGUACCCCAGGCCAGCCCUGGGCCCCCGGAGCCGGAGGGUGACUGCCUCCCGGCCGGGGGCUCACACCUGCAGCAGCCACGCCGCCUGUCCACUUCGUCGCUCUCCUCCACCGGCUCCUCAUCGCUACUCGAGGACUCGGAGGACGAUCUGUUGAGCGACAGUGAAAGCCGGAGCCGCGGUAACGUGCAGCUGGAAGCGAGCGAGGACGUGGGUCAGAAAAGCCACUGGCAGAAGAUCCGAACCAUGGUGAACCUGCCCGUCAUGAGCCCGUUCAAGAAGCGCUACGCCUGGGUGCAGCUGGCGGGACACACGGGGAGCUUCAAGGCGGCCGGCACCAGCGGUCUGAUCCUGAAGCGCAGCUCCGAGCCCGAGCGCUCCUGCCUGGCGCGGCUGAUGGCCGACGCGCUGCGCGGCUGCGUGCCCGCCUUCCACGGCGUGGUGGAGCGCGACGGUGAAAGCUACCUGCAGCUGCAGGACCUGCUGGACGGCUUCGACGGGCCCUGCGUGCUGGACUGCAAGAUGGGCGUCAGGACGUACCUGGAGGAGGAGCUGACCAAGGCCCGCGAGCGGCCCAAGCUGCGCAAAGACAUGUACAAGAAGAUGCUGGCCGUGGACCCCGCGGCGCCCACCGAGGAGGAGCACGCGCAGCGCGCCGUCACCAAGCCGCGCUACAUGCAGUGGCGGGAGGGCAUCAGCUCCAGCACCACGCUGGGCUUCCGUAUCGAGGGCAUCAAGAAAGCGGACGGCUCCUGCAGCACCGACUUCAAGACUACUCGAAGCCGGGAGCAGGUGAUUCGCGUCUUCGAGGAGUUUGUGCAAGGAGAUGCGGAAGUGCUGAGGAGGUAUCUGAACCGCCUGCAGCAGAUCCGGGACACCCUGGAGGUCUCCGAGUUCUUUAGGAGGCAUGAGGUGAUUGGCAGCUCGCUCCUCUUUGUCCACGACCACUGCCAUCGCGCCGGUGUGUGGCUCAUCGACUUUGGCAAGACCACGCCCCUCCCUGACGGCCAGAUCCUGGACCACAGGCUGCCCUGGGAGGAGGGCAACCGUGAGGACGGCUACUUGCUGGGGCUGGACAAUCUCAUUAGCAUCCUGGCCAGCCUGGCUGAGAGAUGAGGCUGGGUCCUUGUCCCCGCAUGGGCCAGCCGCUGAGACAGAUGUGGACCUGCGGCUGCGUCCUCACCAUGCAUGCCGGCCAGAGACUGGACCCCUGCGGUGCGGGGCAGUUCACAGGGUCCUGCAGGACCAGGUGUCAACCAGUAAGGGGCGCAUCGCCAGCGGGAGGGGGAUGCCCCAAAAGCCCCUGCGUUCCCACAGAAUGACACUAAUUUACUUGAGGGGAGGGGACAGAGGGCUUCCUCAGCCCAGGCCUCCAGAGGAGGCACUGCGCCUGUCCAGAGUGGCCAGAUCAUGACUUUGACUUCCCAGGCAUAGACCUCCUGGUGGAACCUCCCACACUACAAUGGACUCCCCCUCCCAAUAAAAGGCAAAGCCCCAG